AUGAGAAUUAAGAAGAAGAAUACCAGUGGUAAUGCUCGUAACUUUAUUACGAGAACUCAAGCAGUCAAAAAAUUGCAGGUUUCAUUAGCCGAUUUUAGAAGGUUAUGUAUCUUCAAAGGUAUCUAUCCAAGGGAACCUCGUAAUAAGAAGAAGGCUAAUAAGGGUUCUACUGCACCUACCACAUUUUACUAUCACAAGGAUAUUCAAUAUUUGAUGCAUGAGCCCGUUCUAGCUAAGUUCAGAGAACAUAAGACAUUUGCCAAGAAGUUGACAAAGGCAUUGGGUAGAGGUCAAGUUUCAGCAGCUCAAAAAUUGGAAGAGAACAGAGAUUCAUAUAAAUUGGACCAUGUUAUUAAGGAACGUUACCCCAGCUUCCCCGAUGCAAUUAGAGAUAUUGAUGAUGCGUUGAACAUGAUCUUUUUAUUUUCCAAUUUACCAGCAACCGAUAGGGUCUCUGCUAGGGUCAUUAGAGAUGCGCAGGCAAUUUCUAACCAAUGGAUGGCCUAUGUGGCAAAGGAAAGAGCGCUACGUAAAGUUUUUGUCUCCAUCAAAGGUGUCUACUACCAAGCUGACAUUAAAGGUGAAGAAGUUAGAUGGGUCGUUCCAUUCAAAUUUCCUGAAAAUAUUCCUCGUGAUAUUGAUUUCAGAAUCAUGUUAACAUUUUUGGAAUUUUAUUCCACUUUAUUACAUUUUGUUCUUUACAAACUUUACACCGAUAGUGGUUUGGUUUAUCCUCCAAAGAUUGACGAAAAGAAAGAUAAGAUAAUAAGUGGUUUGGCAUCUUACAUCUUAGAAUCACAGGAUUCUGCAGAUUCUUUGACUCACGCCCAGCCAAAAACGACGGAUGCAAAUGCUGAAGCCAAAACUCUAGACUCUAAAACCCUAAACGCAGCUUUGAAGACUGAUUCUAAAGAGGUACAAGAUGAUCAAAAUGAUGAAGUUGAAGAAAAUGAAAAUGUGCAAUUGGAUAAAUUUGAAGACCACAACAAAAAUAAAGGUGACGUUUUGGAACAGCCAAGUCAAUUCGAUUCUCCAGUUUCAACGUUGUUUUCCGGAUUCGUAUUUUAUGUCGGUAGAGAAGUACCAAUUGACAUUGCAGAAUUCCUGAUUUUAAGCUGUGGUGGAUCUGUUAUCAGUGAAGCUGGCUUGGAUCAAAUUGAAAACAAAGAUGAUUUGGACUUAUCAAAAGUUACCCAUCAAUUAGUCGAUAGACCUAACAUUAAGAACAGAGUUCCAGGUAGAACUUACGUUCAACCUCAAUGGAUUUUUGAUUGUGUUAACAAAGCUUCAUUGGUACCAACUAACUCUUAUCUACCAGGUGAACCCCUACCACCACAUUUGAGUCCAUGGGGUGAUGCCGCUGGUUACGAUCCAAAUGCUGCUGCUGAAGAAGAGGAUGAGGAAGAAGAAGAAGAAGAAGAAGAGGAGGAGGAAAAUGAUGAAGUCGAGGGUGAAAGUGAAGCUGCAGAAGAAGGUUCUGAUAAAGAAGUUAACGCACAAGUUGAACAGGAUGAGUCUGAUGAAGACAAUGAGGAUUUGCAAGCUCAGAAGGAAUUAGAACUUGAAGCUCAAGGUGUUUCUUACACUGACGCCAAGGAAAGCGAAAACAGUAAAUCCAACAAGAGCAGAGGUAAGAAGAGAAAGGCUCCUACCGAAGAUGAAGAAGAGAAGAAAUUGAGGAUGAUCAUGAUGAGUAAUAAGCAGCGUAAACUAUACAAGAAGAUGCAACAUUCCAACGAUAAGAGAGAUGAAAGAGUGGAAAAUUUGAAGAAAAAGAAGCAGCAAAUUGCAAAGGCUAAGAAAGCUAAGAAAUAA